CCUACAGUGGAAGGCAGCAAAGCGCCAGUAACAGUGAGCAGUUAUCUCUGUGGAUUAUGUGGACCGGGAGCACUCCCCUCCCUCCAGACUAACUGCAGUCUGAUGGGGUGUGUGAUUGUGCGGGUGUGCGGCCUCAGUGCUGGACUAUAAGAGGCUUUGGAGACAGGCUUAGGACGUAGCAUGGAUACCUCUGUUUGACGCUCCAUCUUUGUUUCACCAUUUUACCUCCUCUGUCUAUUUUUUUCAUUUUGCCACCGGACCUGUUGAUUAUCAUGAGAGGGAAUGGAGGAUGCGGUUACUAAGCGUCGGUAUGAAGCACCCUCUCGAACCUGUAAACCCUUGUACAGACUGGUAACCCGAACACCGGAAGAGCCUUAACAAACAUUCAGCAUAAGCCAGGAAUAGAUCAUUUCAGAGACAAUCCGAACAGAGCCCUGACCACAGUGAAUUCCUGUUGAGCCUCAGCCAAUUCACAUUUCCUUUUUCUACGUUGUGGUUGUACCCCUCAGAGGGGAGAUGCCAGUCUUGCUUAAUGCCGAUGCUUCCUUCAGCUCCAAGCAGGAGCUCCUAGACCUGCAGGACUGCCCUCUCAGCGGGGGUCCCUCUCUGGACACCCCAAGCCCCCCAGAAUCCCAUAUAGGUAGCCCGAUAGGCUCAGGGCCCAGAAGUCCUGGAAGCCCUGGAACUGAUGGCCCCAUUCGGCCACAUAUUUUCACUGGAGCUUCCUCGCUCCCAGGGCAGCUAUACGGGCUGGACACAAGACCCCAUGCAGAGACUCCCAUGGGGUUAAAGCUGAUCUCCACUGAUUCAGAUCAGCUGUGCGGCUGGGGGGCUCUGACACCCAAAGCUAUCCAAGUUUUCAACACCCCUCGUUGGGUGCUGUUCUUCCUUUGUGUUGCCUCUUUCCUCCAGGGGAUGAUAAUCAACGGCUUCAUUAACACAGUGGUCACCUCCAUCGAGAGGCGGUUUGACCUGCGCAGCUACCAGGCCGGACUCAUCGCCAGCUCUUACGACAUCGCUGCCUGUGUCUGCCUGGCCUUCGUCAGCUACUUCGGUGGGACUGGACACAAGCCUCGCUGGCUGGGAUGGGGGGUGCUGAUCAUGGCACUCGGCUCUCUUGUGUUUGCCUUGCCUCACUUCACCACACCCAGUUACCAGGUCACCAUGCCCGAGCAAACAGGAAUGUGCUCUGCCAACCGUACCAGUCCGUGCCAGGACAAGGAGGGCGGAGGAUUAUCCAGCUAUCGUUUUGUGUUCAUGCUGGGUCAGUUUCUGCAUGGUGUGGGUGCUACACCUCUUUACACAUUAGGGGUCACGUACCUGGAUGAGAACGUCAAGUCCAACUAUGCGCCUGUUUAUAUUGGGAUAUUCUAUACAGCAGCCAUUGUGGGUCCAGCAGCAGGCUACCUGCUGGGCGGAUACUUCCUCAACAUCUACACUGAGAUCCACCUGACGACAGAGAUGACACCAGAGAACCCUCUGUGGGUCGGGGCUUGGUGGAUCGGCUUCCUAGCAGGAGGAGCAGCAGCUCUACUGAUAGCAUUCCCCAUCCUAGGCUACCCACGGCAGCUACCAGGCUCUCAGGAGUAUGUGGCUAUGCGGGUCUCUGAGGCCCACCAGCUUAAGGACGGAAGCCACACAACAGCCUCAGACCCUCAGUUUGGCAAAUCGGUCAAAGACAUGCCAAGAUCCGUGCUGCUCCUCUUAAAGAAUCCCACCUUCCUGUUCCUGUGCCUGGCUGGGGCUACCGAGGCCACCCUCAUCGCUGGCAUGUCCACCUUUGGUCCAAAGUUCUUGGAGUCACAGUUCAGUCUCAGUGCAUCGGAGGCUGCCACGUGGUUCGGAUAUAUGGUGGUACCAGCAGGUGGUGGCGGCACCUUCCUGGGUGGCUACAUCGUGAAGAGGUUGAACCUGCGCUGUCGAGGCAUCAUCCGUUUCUGCAUGAUGUGUGCUAUGGUCAGUCUGCUCGCCAUCUUCAUCUUCCUCAUCGACUGCCCCAACAUGCCUAUGGCUGGUGUCACAGCACCGUACCAGUCCGGUCUGAUGGACAAACACCAGCUGGACCAGUACAAACACCUGUAUGACUUGCCCAGCAAGCUGCGCCAUAGAAACGGCUCCUUUUUGGAGGAGAACCUGACAGUGGACUGUAAUGUGGGCUGCAGUUGUGUCAGAGAAUUGUACAACCCUGUGUGUGGGGCGGACAGUGUGAUGUACUAUUCUCCCUGCCACGCUGGCUGCAGCUCCAUCAACCACACCGAACACUCCACAGGCAAACAGGUGUACUCUGGAUGUAGCUGUGUAGUGGGGAACUUGUCCUGGGGCGAGGAGGGCUUCGCUCUGGCAGGAAAGUGUGGCAGCUCCUGCCAUCACAUGCCAGCGUUCCUCUCCUUCCUCUUCAUCAUCAUCUCCUUCACCUUCCUCUGUAGCAUCCCAGCACUCACCGCCACGCUCAGGUGUGUGCCAGACAGCCAGAGAUCCUUUGGACUUGGCAUCCAGUGGAUUGUGGUGCGCACAUUUGGUGGUAUCCCAGGACCCAUAGCAUUUGGCUCUGUGAUUGACAUAUCUUGCUUACUGUGGCAGGAUCAGUGUGGUGAGCAGGGCUCCUGCUACCUCUAUCAGAACUCAGCCAUGAGCCGGUACACAUUAGUGGCUGGCAUCAUCUAUAAGCUUUUGGGGACAAUCUUUUUCCUGUUAGCAAGCGUCCUGUACCAGCCUCCUCCUGAGUCGCCUCAGAGCAGCUGCGAAAGCACCGACCACGGGGCAGGAGACACGAGCGACCUGCCUGUCAAAGACCUGCCCGAAGACGGCGUCAUCGUCAACCUGCAUGCCAGGUUAUGACGUCAGAGACGAGAUGGGGGGUGCCUCUCUAUGCCAACAGCCUUCUCUCAGUCAUAAUGGCGCCGCCCACCAAUAUACGCAUGACAUGCAACCACACAAAAUGGACAAAAUUAAUACAGACGCACCAACAACAAACUAAAACAGCCCCAGGAUGCCUUCGUGCACACCUCACACACACACACACACACACACACACACACACACACACACACACAACCUUCUGUAGUACAUGCUGCUCUCUUCUGCUGUGACUGCAUGUGUGUGUACCUGAUUGAAGGAGUUUUUAUGUACCAGGAAGCAUUUCUACAGAGAUUUCACUAUGUUCAAAUUACUUUUUAGAAUGUAAGUCUGAUUUUAUCUUUAAUUUUUUACGUCAAUUUCCUUCAAAAGACAACACAACAGCUGAGCCCUGUGUGGUGUGUAUUGUAUGCCAUGUGAAUGAAGCAUUUAAUGUGGAAAAAAAGGCAUUUAUAUCGAUCCCCUUCUUCUGUUCUUUCCCCAUUACUGGAAGAGAGUAACACUGCUUUAUGUCCCACCCACAAAUAAAGCCAUGCUCUUAUACUGUACAAGAUCUCCAGGCCAGUAAUAAUGAAGCCAAAUAAUUUUUCAUAUCAUGUCAUAUUUUAAGCCAAGAGUAUCUAAAGGCACUUAUACUAAUGUAAUGUAAACAUAUGUUAUUGGUUACAGUACAGUAGCACAAAUAUAUUUUCACAACGUGUAUUUUUGAUAGCUACUUGGACACAUAUGCAAGAGGUUUAUGACCAGUCAUUGGCUUGUAUUUAAAGCUGCAGUAGGUAACUUUUAUAAAAAUAACGUAUAACAUAUUUGCUGAAACUUUACCUAUAUCCUGACAGUAGUACAUGAGACAGAUAAUCCAUGAAAAAAUCAGGUUCCUCUGGCUCCUCCUAGUGUUACUAAUGGCAUUUGCAAGAAUUUGAAUGUGAAAACUUCGGUAAAAUAUAAUAUAUAUAAAAGUUAACUAAUCCAGCUUUAAAAGUAUUGACAUGACGUAUAGAUCUAUAUUGGUUUGAUUGCUCUGUUUGCCAGUAGAAAAAACUCUGAUGCUUCUCUGUAGAAAUCGCAUUGCUGCACUUUAAAAGAAACACAAAAGCACUGAACAACUUGGAAAAGAAUGUGUUGACAUGGUAAGGGAUAGAUGAAAGCCGCCCACCUGGGUACUUUGCCCAUGUAUCAAGCCCAGCCCCCUUUUGGGUGAAAGCAGCCAUUCUAAUUUGACUGGCAGUUAAUGCCAUAACAUAAUAACACCCUACUGCUUUUUGGCUAUAAGGAGCCUAAAUCCUAUUGCCAACAAGGCAAACAAUUGAGUUACGUUCUUUCAAUCUCCCUCCAUCAAAGUGAACAAACCUGACAUACACUGUAAAACUAAACAAGUUAAUUUAAAUUUUAAAAAAUGAUUACUACGAACAUUUUAAGUAAAACUAACUUAAUUUUGUUUAGUUACAAAAAAAUAUUUGCUUUAAUAAUUUUUAGUGACACUAAGUUUUAUUUGUACUGUUGAAACAAAAUCCCUAGUAAAAAGUGCUAAAUCAAGAAUCUUUUUAACUUCUAAAACUGAGUUUGUGAUACUUAAAAUGUGUUUGUUUCGAUUAGUUAAAAUAACUUACUGCAUUACAGUGCAUACAGCUACAACAUUUGUCACUUUUCCUGUCAUGAAGACGUUUCCUUUGCCGUUUUGGUCUGUCCAAUGUGAUAUUACUAUAACAUUGUCACACGUUUUUUUCAAUUUAUAGCGCUUGUUUUUACCCAAAAGGUGAAGCGCGUGCCUGCUCUCAUCUGUAUUCUGGGAAGUGGCAUGUAAGUUGAGAGCUGCCCAGGGCAACGCACAAUUGGCAUGACACGCAGUAGCCUCUAACAAAUGAAAAAGCACUGUUAUUUGGACCUAAUAAUCAUAGUACUGUAAGUCCACAAAUGUGCCAAAGCAGCUUCGCCUAACAACUCUUGUAUUUUAUUUAUCAUUGACCUUAUUUAUGCAAAUAAUUUAUUUUUAUUGUUUCAGCUUAUAGUUCUUAUAGUUUGUUUUUUUGCAUUCACUGUGCGAUGAAAAAAGGAAUGCUGUCAUGGGUUUCCUUCCAUGGUCCUGUCCACAAAUGCUCCUUUUGUCCUCAUUGAUAGGAAAACACAUGUAUGUUGCCUGUGUUUUUGUCAAGUACUUUGCUCAUGUAAGAACUGACCUUAACGCCCUCCAGCUGAUGCUGAGGGAUCAGAUCUCAGUGUGAAUAUGCAAUGCAGUCCCCCCCCCCCAGUUGUGCUUUUCAAUCAGCUCAUCCCCAAGCUUUGAAAAACCACUCUGUAAACUGAUUUUUUGUAAUUUUUUAUUUUGGUUUUGGUACUGUAUGUUAUUUUUGUUUGUUGUUGUUUUUUUUUAAGGAAAGAGUGGACUUGAAAUCAAUGAUCUUUUUAUGGAAUGAUUCAAAGAUGUCACGUGUUUUCUAAUUACAAAAGCCGAACCUCUGAUUAUUUUCUGUGUCCUGAAUCGUUUUUAUCGUGUGUUUGACCUUCCUUAGAACAGAAAGAGACAAAUAACAUGUGACAUGACAUGAUGAAGGCAAAACAACAAACAAAAGAAAAAACUUAACAAAACAAAUAUCAGGCGGCCAAGCAUUGUUCACCUCAAACUGUAUUAACAAAUGUUGUGUUCUUUCCUUUCUUCCACCUUGUAACAAGCAGAUAUAAAUAAAUAUUAAUACAAUA